CUCGUACAGUAGCUUGUAUCAGUUUUCCUCAUCUCGUAGCUCUGUACACUGCACUCCCCUUGAUGCUUCGUAAUGGCUGGCCAAAAGAAGGACGCCGAGUCUGGCGGACCAUCUGACCAAGAAUGCAAACAAGAGUCUUCCAAGGCCGCGCAGAAAGCGCAAGAGCUGCAGAAGCAGUCCAAAGACCUCUCGCAGGCCGCGGCAGGUGCUGUCGACCCGGAGGAACGGCAGAAGCUACUGAAGGAUUCGCUGAACAAGCAGGUGGAGGCCGAGUCUUUCGGCAAGGUUGCCAAAUACUUGCAAUCCGGCACUGUUCAAGGUCUGCUGGCGGGCUCAGGUCUGGGUGUAGGCACUGGUGCAACGCUGGGCACGAUCACAGGCACGCUUGUCGGAGGCUUGACGAGCAUUCUCACUGGUGGAGUUGGAGGCGCAGUAGGGACAGGUGUGGGAGCGCUGAAUGGACCGUUCAUUAAACUGGGCGAUAUUGCUGGCAGUGGCAUUCAGAAGGUUACGGGUAAUAUCCCGGGAUGGGAGGCUACUGAGCAGCAGAAGGGCACGCUGGAAAAGAUGUUGAACGGCGUGAAGGACACGGAGAUGCCGAAUGAUGAGGAGCUGGGCAAACUCAGCUCCGGCGCAGGUGUCGCUGAGGAGGGAAGGUCCUGGGCUAGCAGUGCAUCGUCAUACCUGCCG